AUGUCGAGCUCCUCACCAUCUGAAGUCAAGCUCAUUGAGCUGACUCCCGAAGAGCUUCGAACCAAGAAGAUAGGCUCGCACAACCUCCAAGCCGCCGUCGAGGCGCUACACCGGGAUGGUAUCGUAGUGCUCAAGAACGCCGUCAACGUCGACCACCUGGACAAACUGAAUGCGCGAAUGGUACCAGAAGCCAAAGACUUGUACUCGAGGCCCAGCACGCAUCGCAACUUCGGCCAGAACACAGGCAACAUUCAGCAGGAACCUGUCCUCAAGGACGGUUAUAUCUUCCAAGACGUCAUCGCCAACCCAUGGGCUACCGACGUGAUCCAGUGUAUGCUCGGCCCUCGCCCGACACUACGUUUCUACAGCGCAAAUACAGCAUUCAAAGCUACAGGUCGCCAGCCGCCACACAUCGACGUGGACUUUGAUUUCCCUAAAGUGCCGUUUGGGUACUGCGUCAAUAUCAAUCUCGUGGACGUCACCCCGGAGAACGGCUCGACGGAGGUCUGGCUGGGAUCCCAAUUCGACACGGAUGUCAAUGUGCUCGACCCAGAAGCGUACCAGAUCCGGCCGAGUCUGCAGAGACAGCGGAGGAAGUCGUGCCCUCCUGUCCAGCCGAGCCUGCCAAAGGGGUCACUUAUCAUCCGGGACUUUCGCCUCUGGCACGCUGGUAUGCCGAACCGGACUGAUGAACCUAGGGUGAUGCUAGUCACGGUUCAAUUCGCUUGUUGGUAUAGAAGUGAAUUGAAGAUGAAGUUACCGAAAGCUGUGCAGGACAAGAUCGAGUGGGGUGACCUCGUUCCCUGCGUUGAGUGGAUGGACGAGGGAUAUGAUUAUCUCCAGGGGGCUCAUGAUCACGACUUCUCGCUUCUUCCAUAG